AUGAAUGAGAGUUUUGAAAACCAAUACUUUAAUACCAGCAAGAUUUCUUUACGAGACAAUUAUCGACGACGCUUUCUACUUGGACACGAACUAUACAUUAGACUAUGUUUACUAGAUGACAUUUUCACAUAUGAAAUUUUGGAUAUUGGUACUGUUGCUGAUAUGUACGUUUUUCUGUGUUGA